UAACAGUUCGCCUAUUUUGAUCCUCACGGCUCCCCGUACUCCAGCGGUCACGUGAGCAGAGGAGAAGCUAUAAAUAGAGGUGGUGCGUUCAUUUGUUUCUUUGAGGAUCAGACGGACAGAGGAGCAACAUGGCGUCGACGAGCCGCGGAGAUGCCCUGGCCCUUCCCAGAGUUCAGUGUCCCAACCACCCUGAUGCCAUACUGGUGGAGGACUACAGAGCAGGGGACAUGAUCUGCCCCGAAUGUGGCCUUGUAGUAGGUGACCGUGUAAUCGACGUCGGCUCAGAGUGGAGAACGUUCUCCAACGAGAAAGCCCUCAAAGAUCCAUCCAGAGUGGGAGACGCCCAGAACCCCCUGCUCAACGGGGGCGACCUAACCACCAUGAUCAGCAAGGGAACUGGCGCAGCUAGCUUUGAUGAAUUCGGUAACUCCAAGUACCAGAACCGACGGACCAUGAGCAGCUCUGACCGGGCCAUGCUCAACGCCUUCAAAGAAAUCAGCACCAUGGCAGAUCGCAUCAACCUGCCAAGAAACAUCAUAGACAGAACAAACAACUUAUUCAAGCAGGUUUAUGAACAGAAGAGCCUGAAGGGGCGAGCCAACGAUGCCAUCGCUUCGGCCUGUCUCUACAUCGCCUGCAGACAAGAAGGUGUACCAAGAACAUUUAAAGAGAUCUGCGCCGUCUCUCGGAUCUCCAAGAAGGAGAUCGGCAGGUGCUUCAAGCUGAUCCUGAAGGCGCUGGAGACCAGCGUGGACCUCAUCACCACCGGAGACUUCAUGUCUCGCUUCUGCUCAAACCUGGGCUUGCCUAAGCAGGUGCAGAUGGCGGCCACCUUCAUCGCCAGGAAGGCCGUGGAGCUCGACCUGGUGCCCGGCAGGAGCCCCAUCUCGGUGGCCGCGGCAGCCAUCUACAUGGCCUCCCAGGCAUCUGCAGAGAAGAAGACCCAGAAAGAAAUCGGGGACAUCGCCGGCGUCGCGGAUGUUACGAUCAGACAGUCAUACCGACUCAUCUACCCCCGCGCCGCAGAACUCUUCCCUCCAGACUUCAAAUUCGACACACCCGUCGACAAGCUGCCCCAACUGUGAAGACGCAGCGACAGUGAUAUUUUUCUGCUGUACUUACAAGAUUGUAUUCUUUCUUUAAAAAAAUCAUGUUUGUGUUGGAUUUGGAAGGUUUCCCCUUGUCCCUCCUAAGACUCCUAGCCUUUGUCGAGGCGCCCUCGCAGGAAUAUAACGGACACAUUCCAGUGCUUAAAAAAAGAAAAACAGCUUGCAGACUGUACUUGCAGUAUAUACACUCAAAUGAUAUACUGUAUCAUGUAUAUAUGUCCAAGUUGGAACAUGUAAUUGCUUGCAAUUUUAGGCUGGUUUCAUACUGUAUACAUAAAACUUUGUUUUUGUAGAAAAAUGACCUGGUUCUAUUUUGUUAGUUAGUUUGAAUUGUUCCAAGUAA